UCUUCAUGCUUGUCGGUUAUAUCAUUUAGAUUUAAUUAGCAUUAAUAAAAGUAGAAAAACGAUGAAAUUGUUAGUUAUGGCUCCUGAUUCGUCGUAUCGAUUAAUGACAUUUGGAUUUUUCUUGUUGUUACUGUCACCGAUCGCCGCCGGUGAUGGUUCUUCCACCGCUUGCAGAAAUGAUUUCCCAAUGGUUAAGGUUAAGAAGUGGGUAAAUGGUGAUGAAAAGGAGCCACUUUUUGGGCUUAACGCGGCUUUUGGCCCUAUCUUACCUGAGGAACUCAAACAAGCACAAAGAUUGCCAGCCAACUUUCUAGAACCUGCUACUGGUUGUUCACCCUCAUCCUCGAAGUUGCCAGGCUCUAUUGCUUUGGUGCUUCGUGGUGAUUGUGACUAUACAACUAAGGCUAGAGUUGCUCAAGAGGGAGGAUCAGCAGCACUGGUGAUGAUAAAUACUGAAGAUGGUCUUCCGAAGAUGGGUUGUGCUAAUAUUACCAUGUUGAGUAUCAAAAUUCAUGUUAUUACAGUUUCAAAGUCAGCAGGACUGGAUUUAAAGAAAUCCAUAACUGAUGGGAUACAAGUGGAGCUUUUGAUAUAUUCACCAAAUCGCCCGAUUGUAGAUUACUCGGUGGUAUUCUUGUGGAUGAUGUCUGUUGGAACGGUAGUUUCUGCUACACUUUGGUCAGAUAUAGUUGGAUCAGAGGAAUAUUAUGAACCCAGCAAUCAGCUUUCUCCAAAGGAAUCUGAUUCUGGUGCAAAUGAUGAUGGAAUCCUCCAUAUAACCAUGGCAAGUGCAGUAAUUUUUGUUGUAUCAGCAUCUACUUUCCUGCUGCUACUUUACUUCUUUAUGUCAGCAUCGUUCGUUUGGGUGCUAAUUGUACUUUUCUGCGUUGGAGGUGUUGAGGGAAUGCAUAGCUGUAUAUUAUCAUUCAUAUUGAGCAAAUCUAAGGAUUUUGGACAAACAACAGUGAAACUGCCAAUAGUGGGAAAGAUAACCAUUCUCUCACUAGUUGUUUUGAUAAUCUGUUUGGUAUUUGCCAUUGUCUGGGCUGCAACUCGGAAGAAAUCAUUCUCUUGGAUUGGCCAAGAUAUUCUUGGUAUAUUCAUGAUGAUAAGUGUGUUGCAAUUGGCUCGAUUACCAAAUAUAAAGGUUGCCACAGCGCUUCUGUGUUGCGCAUUCGUAUAUGACAUAUUUUGGGUUUUCCUAUCUCCAUAUAUAUUCCAUGACAGUGUUAUGGUCGCGGUUGCACGAGGCAAUAACAGCGGUGGAGAAUCAAUCCCCAUGCUUCUGAGAUUUCCUAAACUCUCUGAUCCGUAUUAUGGUUAUAACAUGAUAGGCUACGGCGACAUUCUAUUCCCUGGUUUGUUAGUUACCUUCUCCCACAGAUUUGACAAAGCUCAUGGGAAGAGUGGAGCAAAUGGAUAUUUUCUUUGGUUGAUAAUUGGUUAUGGAUCUGAUUGCAGGCCUAUUCUUCACUUACUUGAGCUUGUAUCUGAUGGCUGGUCGCGGUCAGCCCGCUCUCCUCUACCUCGUGCCUUGCACGUUGGGAACUUGCGUGUUGUUGGGUCUGAAAAGGGAGGAGCUGGAUCUGCUUUGGGACCACGGAGACGACUCGGGUCAACAACGUGCUCCUUCUCCCUCGACCAGUGAUUGCACAUAACUACUUUGCAGAAAAGACUAGGAGCGUCUGAUACAUUGGUUGGAUGAGAAACGUCUUAACAAUUAUUGAGCUGUACUCAAUAGUGUGAGGAUUCUCGUACCCUUAUAGAAUAUCAUAAAAUAAAUUACUAUUGAACUACAAUAGAGUGACGAAAAAAAUAAUUAAUAUGAGUGAUAUAUGCAUGAAAUUGCAAUCUUCAUCACAGUUGAUACAAAA